AUGUCUGAAUCCCCAGAGAACACCAACACUAACACUCCUGCUGACGUGAAGCCCGACGUUAAGCCCGAUGUCAAGCAGGAGACGCACAUCAACUUGAAGGUGUCCGACGGGUCCUCAGAGAUCUUCUUCAAGAUCAAGAGAACCACACCAUUGAGACGGUUGAUGGAGGCGUUUGCCAAGAGACAAGGUAAAGAAAUGGACUCGCUGCGAUUUUUGUACGACGGUAUCAGAAUCCAAGCGGACCAGACUCCAGACGACUUGGACAUGGACGACAACGAUAUGAUCGAAGCCCACAGAGAGCAAAUUGGUGGCUACUAA